GCUGAUGAUGACGUCAUAUUUAUGAUUUCAUCGUUUGUCUGUUUGGUCUCAUCAUUCAGUGCGCAGCCUGUCUUGUCAAUCUUGUCCUUUCGAAACGGGUUUUGCUAUUGGAACUUCCACUCGAAAUGUUCCGAAGUAGCGGUAUAGAAAAACUACUUGAUGUGCACAUUUAAUGUAAGCAUGCUGCGCAGUUUGAUACUACGAUAGUUGUCUUCCUUUGAGAGACCGUCACUUUUCAUGAUAAAGCAACCGACCAUUGCCAAUUAGACCCCAACUAUUCAACUAUCCUUCAAAUCUGUGACACUAUUCGUCAGGGCGACUGCCCGCCGAAGCAAGCCUUAGCAGCGAUCAACAAGAAGAUAACUCAUGACAACCCGCAUGUCGCCAAUUUUGGUUUAUUGGUUUUGGAGUCUGUUGUGAAAAAUUGUGGGAGUCCAAUUCACAAUGAAGUUGGGACUAUAAAUUAUAUGGAACAAUUGAGGGAACUUCACAAGACAACCCCUCAUGACAUAGUGAAAAAUAAAAUUGUUGAGCUUUUACAAGCGUGGGCCUUUGCAUUCCGUAACAAUGCCAAGUAUCGUGCUGUCCAGGAUAUUGUGGCAAUUAUGAAAGCUGAAGGUCAUGCAUUUCCUCCUCUGAAAGAAAGUGAUGCUAUGUUCAAAGCUGAAACUGCUCCUGAAUGGGCUGAGGGAACUGUUUGUUUCAGUUGUCGCACACCAUUUACUUUAGUCAUUCGUAAGCAUCACUGCAGGGCUUGUGGCCAGGUCUUCUGUGGUCAGUGCUCUUCCAAGACAUCACUUGUGCCGAAGUUUGGUAUUGAGAAAGAAGUUCGUGUCUGUGAUCAGUGUUACAACCAAAUAAAUAGCCGAGCCCCAACAUCAAGUUCCAAGGUUGAAACUGAUUUGCCUGCUGAAUAUUUGAACAGCUCUCUUUCUCAACAAAGCCAGACUGCACCUCGCCGUACCGAGGACGAAUUGCGCGAAGAGGAAGAAUUGCAAUUAGCCAUUGCACUCUCUCAGUCAGAGGCUGAAGAGAAAGAGAAAUCGAAAUCCAAGUCUCCUCACCUGUCAUCCUUGAGUUCCCAUCUCGCAGCAGUAAAGUCUGAGCCAGUCAUGCAUGCAGAACAAGACCCUGAGAUGGCCAGGUAUCUGGACCGAUCGUAUUGGGAUCAGAAAAAUAAGGAGGAAACUAACAAAGUACCUUCUGCUCCCACACAUCUAAAUAACUCUUCCAUGUCUACUCAGCCUGUGUCAAGUGCUCCGAGUUCUCAUCAAUUAUCCAGUACAGCUAACAAAAUAACUACAAGUUCUGCAACAAUUAAUAAUGCUGCAGUUUUAGACUCCACCUUCAAGUUACAACAAAAUGGAGUUGGAGAGGACAGCGAAAUUGAUGAAUUUGUGAACACACUGAGGAGCCAAGUGGAAAUUUUUGUAAAUCGUAUGAAGUCUAAUUCCUCCCGAGGCAGAAGCAUAGCUAAUGACAGUUCAGUUCAAACUUUGUUCAUGAACAUCACUGCCAUGCAUUCCCGCUUGCUGCGAUAUAUCCAACAACAGGAUGACAACAGAGUUUAUUAUGAAGGGCUGCAAGAUAAGUUGGCUCAAGUAAAGGAUGCAAGGGCUGCAUUAGAUGCACUACGUUUUGAACACAGAGAGAAGUUACGUCAACAAGCUGAAGAAGCAGAAAAAAUACGUCAAAUGCAAAUGGCACAAAAGCUGGACAUCAUGAGGCAAAAGAAGCAGGAGUACCUUCAGUAUCAAAGGCAGCUAGCGCUUCAGCGAAUUCAAGAACAAGAGCGGGAGAUGCAGAUGCGGCAAGAACAGCAGAAGCAGCAGUACUCUCAGUAUGGUGGCACACCAUACAAUCGCUUCAUGCCGCCUGGCCCUGGAGGGAUACCACCAGGUGGCGUGCAUCCCAGUGGCCUGCCUCCUUCCAGUGUGCCGUCCUACUCUGGCCCAGUGCAAGUUCCCUCCAUGUAUUCCCAGCAAGGACAUCCACAGUACAUGGGACAUCAGAUGUCCUUCCCUGGACAUAUGCCUCCAGGAAUGAUGCCUGGUCACCCAAUGGGCCCUGGAGGACCUCAACCUGGACAGAUGGGACCUGGAGGACCACAGCCUGUGCAGAUGGGACCUGGAGGACCUCAGCCGGGACAGAUGGGACCUGGAGGACCUCAGCCGGGGCAGAUGGGACCUGGAGGACCUCAGCCGGGGCAGAUGGGACCUGGAGGACCUCAGCCGGGGCAGAUGGGACCUGGAGGACCUCAGCCGGGACAGAUGGGACCUGGAGGACCUCAGCCGGGACAGAUGGGACCUGGAGGACCUCAGCCUGGGCAGAUGGGACCUGGAGGACCUCAGCCUGGGCAGAUGGGACCUGGAGGACCUCAGCCUGGACAAAUGGGACCUGGAGGACCUCAACCCGGCCAAAUGGGUCCUGGAGGUCAUCAACCCGUCCAAAUGGGUCAUGGCGGUCAAAUGGGUCAUGGUGGUCCUCAACCUGGUCAAAUGGGUCAUAGCGGACCUCAGCCCGGCCAGAUGGGCCCAGUAGGACACCAACCAGGGCAGAUGAUGGGACCCAAUGGCCCACAAGCACCUCACAUGGGCCCUGGAGGUCCUCACCCUGGCCAGAUGGUUGGACCUGCAAUGGGGCAGUUGGGUCCUACUGCUCCUCAGCACGGGCAGAUGGCUGGUAUGCAGCCUGGUAUGCAGCCUGGUAUGCCCCAGCACCACAUGCCUGGCAUGGGCCCCGUUCCGAUGCAGCAGCAAGUUGGGGGCCCGAUGGGGCCUCGCUCGGAUGUGAAGAGAGAAAGUGAAGAACUUAUUAGUUUUGACUGAAUCCUAUCAAUAUGGCCUGUCUCCAUUUCUUUUAAUUUUUGUAGAUGCAAUUUCUUUUGUGAUCCCUUUGUUGACUGCUGUUCAAGUCAUUUUUUAAGAUAUAAAUACAUGUUUAACCAAACGAUUUAUUCAUUCCUUCA